CGCGCAGUGGAUAUAAAAAACUUCAGGGCGUCGCCGAAAAGUGGUUACCUCGCCCCACGAACCACUAGCUUGUAUCGUCGUGCUCUAUAUACCGUGUACCUCAUGUCGACGAUUACUGUGACGAUCCCGACGGAUCUAGGAUCAAUCGCAGCGCCUGUGUUACUGGGAGCACUGCUCAACUGGGCGUUGUAUGGUGUACUCAGCGUUCAAGUCUAUCUCUACUACUUGUCCUUCCCUAAGGACGGAUGGAUCCCACGGUGCCUGGUCUACGGAAUAUGGACCUUGGACACCGUCCAGACUAUCAUCGUGACGAACGACGUCUACAUCGCGUAUGCAAAACGCUAUGGGCAAUUGGAGGUUCUCGGUGCGAUGCAGAACGAAUGGCUGGCAGUCCCGGUGUUCAGCGGAGUUGUGAGCUGCACCGUUCAAUUGUACUAUGCAUACCGCAUCGGGAUUCUCUCUCGCUCACGGACACUGCAGGGUGUCAUAUCCGUCCUGGCGUUGACACAAGGUACAGCAGCGAUUGUCACGGGCGCACAGGCGAAGAUUAUUGGAAGCUUUGCGGGUCUGCAGCAGAAAGCAGCCGUGAGCUGUGGACUCUGGCUCUCUGGGAGUGCUUUGUGCGACAUCAUCAUCGCUUCGUUCAUGGCGUAUCUGUUGUUGCGGAACGACGUGAGGUCGGCGCAAACGCACGCUAUAAUCAACCGGCUGGUCCGUCUCGUCGUAGAAACCGGCACGCUCACUGCCGUGGCCGCAACCAUCGACAUCGUCCUCUACUUUUCUGAACCGGACACGGAUUACCAUAGCUGUAUCGCCACGAUCCUCGCGAAGCUCUACUCAAACUCGCUGCUCGUCAUUUUCAACAGCUGGAUACGCAUCGUCGGAGGACGCAUCAACCCGUCGGCUAGCGUGGUCGUGGGCUUCCCAAGGAGCGGAUGGCCGUCCACGACUUCCCAGACCGAAGUCGGCCCGCCGAUGGAAUACAAGGUUCACACUACUACCUACACGACGACGCUUGGCGAUGCGCAGCCUGAGGACCACCGAUGGUCUGAUGCUAUACAGCUCGAAGAGCAGCAUCCGGGACCCAGCGACUUUCCGGGCAAGGGCAAGCAUGCUUCCGAAUGAGCGAAGGCGGCCAGCUGAUGAUCGGUGGUUGUUGCAAUCGAGCUGUCCCCCACGCUGUCGGUCUCAAGUUGGCCGUGAUACGUAGAUUAUAACUUCCAGAUGGACCUAAGAUGAGGCGUAUUGUCCCAUGCGAUUUGCUUG